AAAAUUUCAUAAGAAGCCUUACUCUGUAAUAGUGAUUGAGGUUAGGCGGAGAAUUAAUUGCAAUCAAAGUGGAGGUGGUAAUGAUGUCCAUACACUCUAUUACAUUAGUACUAGAGCAUUUGUGGACAAGGACUCGUGAACCCUGAGCCGUGUCCAUUCAAGGUGAAACAUCUACCUGCUGCUUCACACAUAUCUUUAAUUCCUUCUUCAAUCAGCCAUUUACCGUUAGCAACUAAAGUGCAUCAUGCUAUUUGGAGCGAUCUCCCAAGGGGUGAAAGACUUUCUCAAGAGACACGUGAUUCUCAUGCUUGUGGUUAACGCAGUGCAAUUGGGGAUGGUCGCAAUUCUCUUGGCCAGUGUCUUGGGAGCCUUGCCUUUUGGAAAUGGUUUAAACGGUGCAGACAAUGACGAUUUGGCUCUCAAUCCAAAGCCCAUAGUACAUGAAUGUGAUCGGGUAUGCGUGGAAGAUGAAAAGCCUAAAGAAUGUUACUACGAGUUCAAAAUUGAGCUUUUCAACACCUUGAGCAAAGCCUGCUGGGAUUGUCCCUUGAACCUGACCGAUUGCGAUCGAGAGCAUUGCAUUUCGGCCGAUGGAGUCGAGAGAGGAAUCAUCGUUGUCAACAGGAUGAUGCCGGGUCCAAUGGUGGCCGUUUGCCAGGGAGACAAAGUCAUUGUGGAUGUGAUCAAUCAUCUCCACACAGAAGUUACUUCCAUGCAUUUUCACGGUGAACACAUGAAUGGCUAUCAAUACAUGGACGGUGUUCCCCAUAUCACGCAAUGCCCCAUCAAUCCCGCCAGCAAAUUUCGUUAUUCAUUUGAGGCUGUCGUUCCUGGAACACAUUUCUAUCACUCGCAUAACUCGUUCCAACGUGGUGAUGGAGCAUUUGGACCCUAUAUUGUUCGUGAGAAGGCCAGCCACGAUGCACAUCGAAGUCUGUACGACCAUGAUCUGAGCGAGCAUGUCAUUUUCCCCCAAGAAUGGUUCCAUAUAAGCUCCAGAGAGGCCUUCGUUCUCCAUCACUGGGAUACCGGGAAGAACAAGGCUGAUAAUAUACUUAUCAAUGGAAAAGGUCGCUUCCAGAAAUACAUCAACAAUAACCGAGAGGAAGUGGCCACACCCAAUGAGGUGUUUCACGUGGUCGAGGGUCAACGGUAUCGCUUCAGGGUCAUCAAUCCUGGAUUUACAUUAUGUCCCAUUCAAGUCAGUGUGGACGAUCACGAAUUAGUAAUGAUCGCGUCCGAUGGAGCAGACACGCAGCCUCUUCCCGUGAAGUCAUUCGUUCUAGCAGCUGGCGAAAGAUAUGAUUUUAUUCUGGAAGCGAAUCAGACCCCUGGUACGUAUCUCAUGCGAUUUGGCGGUCUUUUCGAUUGUGCGCCCACUGAAGCCCACGGCGUGGCUCUAUUGCAUUAUGAAGGCACAUUUUUGGAGUCUUUGACCAAUGACACCAACUAUGAAGACUCGAUUAACAUCGUUGGUCCUGUUUUGGGGCCAGUAAACUACGCCCCCUACAACCCUUUCGACUUCAAAUCCGACAUGGUUCCCAUCAACAGGAUGAAAGGAAUACCGCGGAACUGCCAACCUUUUGGCAGCGAAACCUCUCUAGCCGAAGAAAAUAUGUCUGAUAUCUUAAAGAGGUCUGCAGACCUAUAUUCCUCAUGUGAGAGACCAGCCGAUCUUCGCCAGGAAAAGGCCGACAAAAUUUUCUACUUGGGCUUCGACUUGUUUGCCAAAGACAAUCCUCAUUACCACGACGAGGAUUUGUAUUCCUAUGAUAACGCUCAAGGCGGUAACAAACUGCGAACACCACAAAUUAAUAAUGUAACAUUGUUGCAUCCCAGUCGGCCAGUGCUUACUCAAGAAAGCGGCAUUGAUCCGGACUCAUUUUGUGACGACGAGACGCUGAAAACGCGAGAUUGCGGAGAAUCGGAAUUUUGCGAGUGCAUUUACGUCCUCCGGGUGGACUUGAAUGAUAUCGUCGAAUUUGUCAUGAUCGAUGAAGGUGUGCCCUAUGACGUCAGUCACCCUUUUCAUCUCCACGGACACGCCUUUCACGUGGUGGCCAUGGAACGGCAUGUUGCCAAUGAAUCUCAUUUCGGUCCCAAACCAUUCCCAGGUAAUUGGCUCAAUAAACAGGUGGUGAUUGACAUGGACCAAAAGGGACUCAUCGAGCGAAAUCUCAUCGAUCCUCCCUUGAAGGAUGUAGCCACCGUUCCGGACGGCGGGUUUACCAUAUUUCGUUUCCAGGCUGAUAACCCGGGCUACUGGUUGUUUCAUUGUCACAUGUCCUGGCACAACCACCUGGGCAUGGGCUUUGUCUUAAAGGUUGGAGACUUGGACAAAGAUUUACCUCGAGUACCUCAAAAUUUUCCCACAUGUGGAGAUUUUCCUUAGAUACAGUACAGUGCAUGAUAUAUUUUUUAGAUACAAUUAGUCCACUCUUUUUGUAAUCAUUGUCACUGGGUAACUACGGCUUCACAAAGUGAAUUAUAUUUCAUCUAAAACUUG